AUGCUCAUGCCCCCAUCGACAUCACGUAAGGGCUUCAUCACCGAACCGACAUCUCUUUAUUCCAUACAAGACGAUCAGGUCUUGCUCGAUUUCUUCCAAGAUUCGUCUGCCACCUCGUCUGCGUGUCUGCAGUCGCCCUUCCAGUACACCACCAACCCUACCACGGCAGCGGCAACCACUCCCACCCUCUACUUCGCCUCGCCUCCUUCUUCCGUCACUUCUUCGCCUACCUUCUCCUCACCGGCCAUCUCCUCCGACUACGCCGUCUUUGACGGCAGCUAUCAUCUUUCUGCUCCUUCGAUGACCCCGGCUUCUUCCUAUAAUCCCUCGAUCCACAUUCAACAACCGGACUCGCCGCAACAACCGCAGCAGCCGCAGUACUAUCUCCACAACCAACAACAACAACAACAAUAUCUUCCUCAAUAUCACUUUGAUCAGACAACGCCCAUGUUGGCACAACACUCGGUGACGAAUAACCACGGUUGGGGUAGCAAUUCGCUCCUCACUCCGGCCAGGUUCCCCUCCUCCGGACUGGAGGCGCAGCAGCAGAAGAAGUCGACAAAACCGCUGCCUACCCCCGUACAGACCCCCGUUCAGAACUCCUACUUGGCUGCUGCCUUUCAGAACUAUGACCCUUCGGCGCCUGAGGCCGAGUUGGCUAUGAGACAUGCAGUGAUGGAACAACAACAGCUUCAACACCAGUCGCAGAACGACUACUCGAUGGCGCAAUCAGUCUCCAGUGUUAGCCAAAAUUCCCCCGUCACUCCUCAGACAAACUAUGACGAGGCAGACGACGUAUCCAAGGCGAUGAUCAAUGGUGAGGACAGAUUUCCCGAUGUUGACCGGUGGAUGGAUGAUUACUUACGUCUCGAUGCACCUUCAGAAUACGGUUCUAGCAACACCAACACCGCCGCCGGCCCUCUCGCCAACAUCCCCAAACUCACCCACACCAUGUCUGAUGUCUAUCAAGAUGAGCUGUUCAUGCAAUCGCAGCAGUCGCAGCAGUCGCAACAAAGCCAACCACAACAAUCCCUUUUCACGCCAUACCGUAAUGUCUUCGCCGAUCGGCUGCAGGCCGCCAGUCAAGGCCACCUGUCUGCUCGCUCGCAGUCGCCCGCCAUGGGUCUCGUUCGUGAACGCUCCCCCUUCCGUCAUGGUUCGCCGCUGGCCGCCGACUUUGACACCACUCCGCUGCCGCCGACGACACACAUGGCGACCAGCAUGCCCAUAGGCCAGAAUGGCCUAAACCUGGCGGCGCGUCACCAGCCGACGGGGGAGCCCAAGACCAUGUCGCCCAAGGAUGCCCUGCUCGACUUCAACGAGGGUGACGAGGCCGCCAACAUGCCCAGUCUCUUCCCCUCCAGCGGGCCCGCUGACUUCCAGAUCGACCCCUUGGGCCUCCGUCGCCAGAGCUCGUCCUCCUUCCGUCCGGCGCAGAACUUCUCUACCUCCAUGACCUCCUUCCCCUCCCAUUACCCAGCGGUAACACCGACAACCGUUCCGACUACCGCCGCCGCGCCCACGACCGACAUAAACACAAUUGUGCGUGGUGGCCCUUACCAGUUCGCUCCCCAGACCACAUCACUGGACUUUCCGGCGUCGCUGCCGACGAUGGAGUCGACGGGUAGUGGAUCCACCACCCUGCAGUCGCCCCCAACAGCCGCCCGCGUGAUGAUGAUGCAGCAGCAGCAGCAGCAGCAGCAUCAGCCGAUGCCUCAGCGCCCAGAGGACACAUCCGCGGACGCCGGCACCUACACCUGCACCUAUCACGGUUGUACUCUACGCUUCGAGUCCCCGGCCAAGCUACAGAAGCACAAGCGAGAGGCACAUCGAUCGACGACUCCCGGCGGCCAUCUGGUGACCCGCGAUACCAACGCGCGCAACUCCCAGGCCGGGCCGCACCGGUGCGAUCGCAUCAAUCCCUCGACGGGCAAGCCGUGCAAUUCCAUCUUCUCGCGACCCUACGAUCUGACGCGUCAUGAGGACACGAUCCACAAUGCGCGUAAACAGAAAGUGCGCUGCCAUCUGUGUACCGAGGAGAAGACCUUCUCGCGCAACGAUGCGCUGACCCGUCACAUGCGCGUCGUGCACCCGGAGGUCGAUUGGCCAGGCAAGCAGCGACGCCGCAGGGGUUAA